UAAGAAACUGUUGGUCCAAGUUGUAGCCUAUUUCUUUUAUUGUACAGGUUUUACUUAAACUGUAUAGAUGGUUUCUCAUAAGAUGCUUAGAUUAGCAACUGCAGUUACUGGUGGUUGUGGUACACUGCUGUUGUACUUUAAGUUAAACUGUGACACAAGGAAUACUGCUUCUGCAGCAAGUGUGGAGCCAUCAUGUAAAUGGGAUUCUGAUUGGGAUAAAAGGGCAAAUGACAAAGCUAAAGCUACAAGAAAUAUAAUUUUAAUUCGGCACGGUCAAUAUAACCUGGCUGGUUCUGGUGAUAAGGAGCGCUAUUUGACUGAACUUGGAAAAGAGCAAGCCAUUCGUACUGGAAUACGUUUAAAGGAGCUAGGUUUAGCUAAGCUUACAACACAUUUUGUCAAGUCUACAAUGACUCGUGCUCAGCAGACUGGUGAUCUUAUAUACAAGCAGUUGGAAAAUGAUGAAAUUCCAGUGGAAGAUUCGGAUUUGAUUCGAGAAGGAGCUCCUGUUGAACCGGAACCACCCAUUCAAUCAUGGAAUCCAGAUCCAAAAACAUUUUUUCUAGAUGGAGCACGUAUAGAAACUGCAUUUCGUCACUUUAUUCACCGAGCAAAUCCAGAGCAGGAAUUUGAUUCCACGGAAGUGAUAGUUUGCCACGGGAAUGUGAUUCGGUAUUUUGUUUGUCGGGCUUUGCAGUUGCCACCUGAAGCGUGGCUGCGUUUAAGUUUACGUCAUGGAAGCAUUACUUGGUUAUCUGUACGUCCUAAUGGAAGAGUUUCAAUUAAAUGUCUUGGUGAUUCCGGUCAUUUACCAGCAGAUAAACUUACUUUUGAAUAAUAUUGUGUGGUUCUCAAUCUUAUACCUUAUUGUGAUAUUAAAUUACACCUUUUUUAGUUCAUAGGUUGUUUCUCAGUAUAAAUCACGUAUCGAAAAUCUAGACUCAAUCUACACUUGAGUUUUUACACAUUUACUUCUCUAACUUAGUUUUGCCGUAAAGUUAUUUUUGUAAGACUUGGUUUUGUUUUCUAUUAAGUAUCAAUGCAACUAUAAUCUGUAUUGUGUAUGUCUCAUUUUAUAAUUAAUACUUCUUGUGGUCAUCCUGGUUAACUUAAAGCUACUUCAAACACCAUUCUAUAUUGCAUGAUUCAAUGUGGACUAAAUUUUAAAUAUUUACUAAAUUUAAAUAUAAUUCCCUUUUUGCUUGUAUAAAG